UCGCGGCGGUGGUCGAGCUUAUCGGCACGACGCGCCCGGGCCCGCUGACGCGUGGGGCAGCCUGUCGUCGGUCGUCCCCAUCGCAAACCCUCGGUUGUCCCGCUGCGCCGUGGGGACAGGCGGGGCCACGCGUCGGGGCCCCAUUGGGCGCAGGGGUCUCGGGGGUUGCUUUUCUAGGCCCCCCGGGCGCCGCCUCCUCCUCACCAGUUCGAAAGCCCAAGCGCGACGAGGAGACCAGCGGCGACAGACGCAGACGCAGGUACCCAGCCGCUCCUGCCGUUUCCUCCCCAAAUCAAAUCUCGCCUCCCCGUCUCUCAAUUCUCCUCCGAUUAUCGUCGUCGUUCGACUAGAUCUUCACUGAUUUGGCAUUCAGAAAAAAUUUAAAUCGUGAACUGUGAAGAUGACGGCACCAGCGGAGCUUUCCCGUGAGGAGAAUGUGUACAUGGCUAAGCUCGCUGAGCAGGCUGAGAGGUACGAGGAGAUGGUUGAGUUCAUGGAGAAGGUGGCCAAGACCGUCGACUCCGAGGAACUCACUGUGGAGGAGCGCAACCUCCUCUCUGUUGCAUACAAGAAUGUGAUUGGAGCCCGCCGUGCCUCAUGGCGCAUCAUCUCCUCCAUUGAACAGAAGGAGGAGAGCCGUGGCAACGAGGACCGGGUCACACUCAUCAAGGAAUACCGUGGCAAGAUCGAAACUGAGCUUAGCAAGAUCUGUGAUGGCAUCCUCAAGCUGCUCGAAACCCACCUUGUCCCGUCUUCCACUGCCCCUGAGUCCAAGGUCUUUUAUCUUAAGAUGAAGGGUGACUACUACAGGUAUCUUGCCGAAUUCAAGAGUGGGCCUGAGAGGAAGGAUGCUGCUGAGAAUACCAUGGUGGCAUACAAGGCUGCUCAGGAUAUUGCUUUGGCUGAGCUGGCUCCAACUCAUCCGAUUAGGCUUGGGCUGGCACUAAACUUCUCGGUGUUCUAUUAUGAGAUCCUCAACUCGCCUGAUCGUGCUUGCAAUCUCGCAAAACAGGCAUUCGAUGAGGCCAUUUCGGAGCUGGACACCUUGAGCGAAGAAUCCUACAAGGACAGCACCUUGAUCAUGCAACUCCUUCGUGAUAACUUGACCCUCUGGACUUCCGACAUCACGGAGGACACCGCGGAGGAGGAGAUCAGGGAGGCUCCGAAGCAUGACUCCAGCGAGGGGCAGUAAAGCCGGCUUUGCGAUGCCCCGCAAGCUACUAGCUAGUGUUUGCUACUGUCAAUGACCGUUGCAAUGUGCUCUGGAUCGUGUGGUAGAUGUGUUAUGGUUAUUAUUGCAAGAUUUGGGGCUCCCCAUAUGUUAUGUUGCCAGGGAAGGUUGUGGUCGCCGCUUGUAGCGUAGCAGGCGGGGACUGCCUCCUUGGUCUGGCCUGGGGGGAGCCCCAUACAGUGGUGGUGGUGGCCGUUCGUAUUUUCGUUCUGCCUUAAUAUUGCUUCUUAUCGUGA